AUGCACCCGAUACUAUCAUUCACUGUCAUAAUAUUCUCGGAGCCAUAUAUCAAGUCGAUAUCACAGUGGGAUCGCUUAAUACUCGCCACUCCGCAGUGCAGCCGGGACUUGGUGCUGAACGACCGACGUGAG